AUGUACAAAUAGAAUUAAUUAAAAGGGAGUUUACAGGACAAUUAGAUUAGGAACAAGUGCCAUCUGAAACUUUGUAGUAUCCACUUGCACAAGUUUCACACAUAUAUCUUUUAUUACAAAGAAUACAAUUAAUAGGGCAAAAGCCAGAUGUAAGGGUGAAUAAUCUAAGAAACCACCCUGCAUUAGGUUGACUAUUUAGAAUAAAUUUGAAUACGUAAAAUUUCCUUAGAUUAUAAAAAUAAAUUUCUUAUCUAAAAUGUUUAAAAACAUAUCAAGUUCAAUAAAAAUAUUAUUUGUACAACUCCCUGUAUUUGGAUGCGAUUUAAAAUCUCUUAAAUUUACAUUAUGAUAUUAGAAUUGGGUUCCAUCAUAAUAAGUUGAACCAUAAUAAGUAGAAUUAAUAUAAAAAGACACACCUGAUCCUGCUGGAGUAGUAUUACAAAAAAUAAGUUGAAUUUGCACUCCAACUGUAUAAAAUCCAGAAUUAAUGUUUAAAGAAAUGUAAGAUCCUUCUCUAAAGUGAAAUACUCCAUAAUUGUAAGGGGAAACUUUUUUGUUUGAAACAUCAAUAUGCUAUGGAUCAUAUAUUAUAUUCCAAUUUAAUAGUGUAGUCAAAUCUAAAUUAGCUAAAUUAGACUAAAAAAAUUAUGUAUGUUUGAAGCCAACGCAAAUCCUAUUUUAUGACUUGACUAUUGAGUUUUGAAUAGG